AGGGCUGAUGUGAAAAAGUCAGUCCACCCCAGUGGGGAUCGAACCCACAACCCCAUUUGGAGUCCCCAUUUAUUUCCCUAGAUAUAUCAGAAUAUUAGAAUAUUGUUUUUGUAAUUUUAAAUAUUACACUGUAACAUGAAAAAAUAGAGCCAUACAAGUGACACUUCAACAAGAGGUUAAAGCACCUUUUAUCAACAAUUUUAUUAACAAUACCUGACUCAAAAGCAUUCAAUAAAUCAUCUUAUUAUGUUCUAAAUACCCAUGAACAAAUAACCGGGCAACUCAAUGGCUGAGGCAAAAUUUGGUUGUGAGGAAGCGGAAAAUGAACUGUUUGAUGAGUUGAAAAUUCUAGAACAAUUUAAAUUGGUACAUGAUCCUUGGGCCAUUGCUGUACUGGACAAUAAUAGUAUUAUCCAAGCAUGUUACAAAGGAGGUAUACACAUCUUUCAUCCCCCGAGAUACAGAUAUAACGACUAUGUCCAAAACUUUUCAUUAACAAGUAAAGUAUUCACCAAGAAAAUCGCAGCUCUUAAAGAUGACAUAAUCGCUGCAGUUAACACUAGGGAUGCUACAAUUCAUAUGCUUGAUGGCGAGGGUGACCUCAUUAAGAAAAUCGAUUGUGUGGAAGAUCCAUUUGCGAUUGCUGCAACACCAGACA